CUACGGCCGGGAGCCUUCUCCCGCCCAGACUCCCGCCCCCGUCCUUGGCCCUCUCCCUUCUCCCCGACUGCACCUGCCCGUCCUCGUCUCCGUUCCCCCAGCCUCCUGGAAUAUCCCGGGCCCCUCGUCGCGGUGUGCACCUUCCCACGGACCCUGUCCCGGUCGCAUCCCUCAGCGUCCCCCACCCCCGUCUUCUCGGGUUACUCUACCCAGAGGAAGCCUGGCGCCUCGCCCCCUAGGUCCCGACCCUUCCCUGCGCCCUCGGUUUGAUGUCGCCAACUUCUGAGAGUUCAGCCUCUGUUUCCUUUGCCUGAACCCCUCCUGCUCCCAGCGCACGCACGCCCUCAGCACGCCUAGCCGGGCUUCCACACUUGGGGCUCCGAGCUGACCCCCGGGGCUGUGCCUGUGUUUUUGUCUUAUCUGCAGUGUCCUCUGGUCUGUCCCUUUGAAGACACCUCUAUUUCCCGCAGCCAAGCUGUGCCUGGAGGAGAGGGGCCAGUGCCCCGGUGCAUCCAGGUCCAGAGCCCCUGCCCUGCAGAAGUCCCCGCACGUUUAUCUGCAUCUCUGCACCGCUUUCCCUUUUCCGUGCUGCCUCCCCCUCCUAGAGCUCUUGAACUUAACCCAUUCCUCCCCAAGGUGUGUUGCUCUUGACUGGGCUCCGGGGGAACACAGUCCAGCAAAGGGCAUUUUCAGAGGAGAUCAACCAGUCCCUCGAUGGGGAGCGACGGCGGCCUACCUCUGUGUGUCACCUGCGCACCUCUCUGUAGCAAGGAAAGGAGCUUCAGCACUUCUUCAGUAAUGAUGAUGAAACUGGUAUUAACUGAAUGGCAUUUAUGGAUUUUUAACUCUAAUUCACAGUAAACCAGGAAGCCAUAUGUUUAAUCCAACCAAAAAUCGUUCUGUUCUGCUGCGUGUCUCAUCCGAUUGUGAGAAGUUUCGAGAUACCUGUUUGUACAAAGAGGAAUAUAAGUAUUAUUACUUGCUGGAGGAACACACUGAAGCAGAAAGAGAAGACGUCUUAAUUUAUCCUUAAAGAUAUAUGAUAGAAUUAUUUAUAUAGAUAGAGUAAAUAUAUAUAUAUACAUACAUAUAUAUAUAUAUUUUUGGUGGUAAUGAAAAUGGCUCCGCAGAAUGCCGACUCAGAAUCUCUGCAAGUUCGGGAGUUGCCGGUGCCCCUGCCGGACCCGCAGAAGCCGGGGAGCGCGGAGGCGGAGACGCACGACGAGACCGUCAGCGAGGGGUCCCUAGACCGCAUCCCCGUGCGCCUGUGGGUGAUGCACGGGGCUGUGAUGUUUGGCAGGGAGUUCUGUUAUGCCAUGGAGACGGCGCUGGUCACGCCGAUCCUGCUGCAGAUUGGCCUUCCGGAGCAGUACUACAGCCUCACCUGGUUCCUGAGCCCCAUCCUUGGCCUCAUCUUCACCCCCCUCAUCGGCUCCGCGAGUGACCGGUGCACCCUGAGCUGGGGCCGCCGGCGGCCUUUCAUCCUCGUGCUGUGCGUCGGCGUGCUCCUUGGAGUGGCACUUUUCCUUAACGGCUCUGCCAUCGGUCUGUCUCUCGGCGAUGUCCCCACCCGGCAGCCCAUUGGCAUCGUCCUCACGGUGCUGGGGGUGGUGGUCCUGGAUUUCAGCGCUGACGCCACCGAGGGGCCCAUCCGCGCCUACCUGCUGGACGUGGUGGACAGUGAAGAGCAGGACAUGGCCCUCAACAUCCACGCCUUCUCUGCCGGCCUCGGCGGGGCCGUCGGCUACGUGCUGGGGGGGCUGGACUGGACCCAGACCUUCUUGGGCGCCUGGUUCCGGACGCAGAACGAGGUGCUCUUCUUCUUCGCGGCCAUCGUGUUCUCGGUGUCGGUGGCCCUGCACCUGUUCAGCAUCGACGAGGAGCGCUACAGCCCCCAGCCGGAGCGCGGCGUGGACGCGGCCGAUGCGCCGGCCCCCGGCCCCCGCGCCAGCGUCCUGGACGGCGGCGCCCUGUUCCCGGACGAGGUGCAGUCGGAGCACGAGCUGGCCCUGGACUACCUGGACGCGGGCAUUGCGCGCAGCAAGAGCGACUCGGUGCUGCACGUGCCGGACGCCGCGCUGGGCCUGGAGCCCGAGCUGCUCUUCCUGCACGACAUCGAGCCCUCCAUCUUCCACGACGCCUCCUACGCUGGCACCCCCUGCAGCACCAGCCAGGAGCUCGCCCGGGCCCGGCCGCCCCGCCUGCCCCCGCCGCUCUGCGAGCCCGCCGGGGAGGACGAGACCCUGCUGGAGAACCACCUGAGCACGGCCGGGCUCCCCAACGGAGGCGGCUCCCCGCCCCGCGGCGGCCUCGGAGGCUGCAGCCGCAUAGACGGGAAGCCCUCGGCCACGGCGGGCUCCGGGCGCCGGCGCCGGCACAUGUUCCGCCGGCAGGCCUCCAGCACCUUCUACUAUGGCAAGACCGGGUCCCACCGCUACCGCUACCGGCGCGCCAACGCCGUGGUCCUGAUCAAGCCCUCGCGCAGCAUGAGCGACCUGUACGACCUGCAGAAGCGCCAGCGGCAGCGCUGCCGCCGCCGCAACCAGAGCGGGGCCACCACGUCCAGCGGGGACACGGAGAGCGAGGAGGGCGAGGGCGAGACCACUGUCCGGCUGCUCUGGCUGUCCAUGCUGAAGAUGCCCCCGGAGCUGGUGCGGCUCUGCCUCUGCCACCUGCUCACCUGGUUCUCCGUCAUCGCCGAGGCCGUGUUCUACACCGACUUCAUGGGCCAGGUCAUCUUCGAGGGGGACCCCAAGGCUCCAUCUAACUCGACUGCAUGGCAGGCCUACAACGCGGGCGUGAAGAUGGGCUGCUGGGGCCUGGUCAUCUACGCGGCCACCGGUGCGACUUGCUCAGCCCUGCUACAGAAGUACUUGGACAACUACGACCUGAGCAUCAGGGUCAUCUACGUGCUGGGGACGCUGGGCUUCUCGGUCGGCACAGCCGUGAUGGCCAUGUUCGCCAACGUCUACGUGGCCAUGAUCAUGAUCAGCACCAUGGGCGUUGUCUCCAUGAGCAUCUCCUACUGCCCCUACGCCCUGCUCGGCCAGUACCACGACAUCAAGGAGUACGUUCACCACAGCCCCGGGAACUCCAAGCGUGGCUUUGGCAUAGACUGUGCCAUCCUCUCCUGCCAGGUCUAUAUCUCCCAGAUCCUGGUGGCCUCCGCCCUGGGCAGCGUGGUCGAUGCGGUCGGGACUGUGCGCGUGAUCCCUAUGGUGGCCUCUGUGGGCUCUUUCCUGGGCUUCCUGACGGCCACCUUCCUGGUCAUCUACCCAGAGGGGUCUGAAGAGGCCAAGGAAGAGCAGAAGGGCCUGUCUUCCCAGGCUCUGGGCGAAGGCGGGAGCAGCAGCGUCGAGAAGCCCACGGUCCUGAAGCUGUCCCGGAAGGAGGGCCCGCAGGGGCUCGUGGAGACCGAGUCGAUGGUCUGAGCCGCGCC